AUGGCACCAAAUCUAGCCAAAGCACUAGAAAGGAUCAAUGCCGCUCACAGUGAAGAUCCCAACAGGGUGGACGUCGAGGGUGACUCGACGCCCUACGAACUGAUCUACGCAAAGAAAAUGUCCAAGUUUCUGGACCUUCACACGCCAAAUGCAGAUCCGUUGCUCAUGACGGCAGCACGUGCCCAGCAUUUCCGACGGUGGGAGGUCCCUCGCGAUUCUUAUCCACGAACCAGAGCCGGCUACUUCGCCUGGAGAACCUUUCUUAAAAAACGGCAAGCCGAGCAAGUUCGACAGUUGUGCCUGGAAUGUGAGUACAGUGAGGCAGAGGCAGAUAAGGUUGCUGCCUUGAUUGCGAAAGAGGAUCUGAAAAAGGGCGAGGGGCAAGGUGAUGCCGAUGCUCAGAUUCUUGAGGAUGUGGCUUGUCUCGUGUUCUUGGAUGAUCAGUUUGAUGAAUUCGAAAAGGGACAUGAUGAAGACAAAAUCAUUGGUAUUUUGCAAAAGACAUGGGUCAAAAUGGGCAAGCGCGGACAGGAUCUGGCGCUACAGAUGGAUCUCAGCGACCGAGCAAAGGAGCUUGUUGGAAGAGCCCUUUCUGGAUGA